UUGUUUAGGCCCUGUGAUCCCGUAGUAGCGCAAGGCGCAGAGUGGACCUUGACCUGCCUAGGGCGGGAAAAGAGUUUGACCCGCCCGGUCCCAAAGAACAGAAUGGACGGGCUCCUAAAUCCCAGGGAAUCCUCUAAAUUUAUCGCAGAAAACAGUCGGGAUGUGUUUAUUGACAGCGGAGGCGUACGGAGGGUGGCAGAGCUGCUGCUGGCCAAGGCGGCGGGGCCAGAGCUGCGCGUGGAGGGGUGGAAAGCCCUUCAUGAACUGAACCCCAGGGCGGCCGACGAGGCCGCGGUCAACUGGGUGUUCGUGACAGACACACUCAACUUCUCCUUUUGGUCGGAGCAGGACGAGCACAAGUGUGUGGUGAGGCACAGAGGGAGAACGUACAGUGGGUACUGGUCCCUGUGCGCCGCCGUCAACAGAGCCCUCGACGAAGGGAUACCAAUAACUAGUGCCUCGUACUACGCGACAGUGACCCUGGAUCAGGUUCGGAAUAUACUUCGUUCUGACACAGAAGUGUCCAUGCCUUUAGUAGAAGAGAGGCAUCGGAUUCUCAAUGAAACCGGGAAAAUUCUGCUGGAGAAGUUUGGAGGCUCUUUUCUCAACUGCGUCCGAGAAAGUGAGAAUAGUGCGCAGAAGUUAAUGCACCUGGUGGUUGAAAGUUUUCCUUCCUACAGAGAUGUGACUCUGUUUGAGGGGAAAAGAGUUUCUUUUUACAAACGAGCCCAAAUCCUUGUAGCAGAUACGUGGAGUGUAUUGGAAGGAAAAGGAGAUGGCUGCUUUAAGGACAUCUCCAGUAUCACCAUGUUUGCUGAUUAUAGAUUACCUCAGGUUCUUGCUCAUCUUGGAGCCCUGAAAUACUCUGAUGAACUACUGAAGAAGCUUCUCAAAGGAGAAAUGCUCUCAUAUGGAGACAGGCAAGAGGUGGAAAUCAGAGGGUGCUCGCUUUGGUGUGUUGAGCUGAUCCGGGAUUGUCUUCUGGAGCUUAUUGAACAAAAGGGUGAAAAACCUAGUGGAGAGAUCAAUUCCAUUCUUCUGGAUUAUUACUUAUGGGACUAUGCCCGUGACCAUAGGGAAGAUAUGAAAGGAAUUCCGUUUCAUCGCACACGUUGCAUAUAUUAUUGACCUCAAGUGUAGACUGAUCCAAAGAAAACCCCCUGCAUUUUAUAUCAUAUCAUCUGUACAGUUUUGCUUUGAUAUUUAGAGAACAUGAUCGAGGUUAUAGGAAUGAGGAAAUUGAUUACCUAUUCUCACUUUAAAAAAUACUUCCGGCCGGGCGCGGUGGCUCAAGCCUGUAAU